AUGCGUAUCCAAAACACAAUCCUCACCCUAGCCUCCACAGCUUCCUGCACCCUCAUACCCCGUAACACCCCAACAAACUCCACCAACCCGUCAGUUGUCGCAGCCCAAUACGACGGAACCUGCUUCUACCCCGUCCCAGACCCAACCUUCAACCUCAACAGCUACCUCGGGACUUGGUACCAAGUCGCCGGCACACCCUUUGGUCCCACCGCCGGCGCCCGCUGUGUGACUGCGAAUUACUCGCUCAAUGCAAACGGCACCGUCCGCGUCCUCAACUCCGCAUCCGCCGGCCCCUCAACCUUCAGCAUCGAGGGCACUGCUACCCCUGCGCCCCCCGCGUACGGACUCGCCGGCACAUUCACAGUCAGCUUUCCUGGGACACCGCCCGUGGGACAGGGUAGCGUGUGUCCUGGACCCAACUACAUCGUUCAAGAAACAGAUUACGCGGUUGAUUGGGCGAUUGUGCAGACGCAGGAGUGGAAUACGCUGUAUAUUCUUAGUCGAGUGAGGGAGCCGGCUGAGGAGAGUAUCAAGGCGUGGGUGGAGAGGGCGGUAGCGUUGGGGUCGAAUGCGACGGAGGUUGUCAGGUUUAAUCAGACGGGGUGUGAGUGA